UGGAUAGCAGGCAACAUAGGGAUGUUUGUGUAUGCUUACUUGCUAUAUAAACAGUCGGCAGAUUUCUACUAUCUCAGGCUUAUUGUAGGGGAUGCAUUACCAUGGGCGAGGGCUAGUGCUGCAUGCCUUAACCUCAACUGUAUGUUAAUAUUGUUUCCUGUUUGUCGUAACCUCCUUUCCUUUCUCAGGGGAUCUUUAAAGAGAUGCUGCAAAGAAGUCACUGUACAUAUCGGAUCACAUGUGUUUAAUGAGAACGUAUGUUUGUUUGCUCAUAAUGGCAUUACAGAAGAAGAUAUUGAAUCAGACGAGGAAAAUGUAAAAGGAGUUCUCUCUGCUCUUAGUAACCUUGAUGAUGGUAACCCAUACGAGACAUAUAUUAACCCUGUUAGAGAUGCUACUGAGGAACCAUCUUUGAGAUCAUAUUUUGAGCUGUUCUGGUUUACACAUCAUUUGUUUGUGUUGUUCUUCAUCGGAAUAUGUGUCCAUGGAUUACAAGGUAUAGUGCGUGGUCAGACAAAUACAGAUGUACACGACCCCGAGGCUUGUCAAUAUAAAUAUGAUGAAUGGGGUAAAAUUGAUGAAUGUCCAUUUCCACAAUUUGCUGCUUCAAGUCCAGGUACAUGGAAAUGGGUUAUUGGUCCACUAAUACUGUAUUUUAUAGAAAGAGGUGUAAGAUUUAUACGUUCAAAGCAGCAAGUUGUGAUAAGUAAGGUGGUUAAGCAUCCGUCCAAUGUAUUUGAGUUGCAGAUGAAGAAGAGAGGGUUUAGAAUGGGUGCUGGUCAAUAUAUCUUCUUACAUUGUCCAAAAAUAUCCUACCUCGAAUGGCAUCCAUUCACCCUUACAUCAGCCCCAGAUGACGAUUAUUUCUCCGUACAUAUUAGACGAGUAGGUAACUGGACCAAUGACCUUGCGAAGGCAUGUCAUGUGGAUGAAGCUGAGUUCAAAGAAACUUGGAAACUACCUAGUGUGGCAGUGGAUGGACCAUUUGGUACAGCUACAGAAGAUAUUUUCUCGUAUGAAGUUGAUAUUUUUGUUGCUGCUGGAAUAGGUGUUACACCUUUUGCAUCUGUUCUAAAACAUAUAUGGUAAGUUUUUGUUGGCUUUGUAUUAUUAUUGGUCAUUGUUACAUAUAACUGAGACGCACCAUGACAAAACCAACAUAGUGCAUUUGCGACCAGCAUGGUGUCCGCUUGCAAACGCUAUAACAAGUAGAGAAACUAAUAGCGAACAGCAUGGAUCCUGAUCAGACUGCGCGGAUGUGCAGGCUGGCCUGGAUCUAUGCUGGUUGCAUACGCACUAUGUUGGUUUUGUCAUGGUGCGGCUCAUAUUGUGAUUUUACUAACUUUAAUACACCGGGAUGUUAUACUUGUUUUCACUAUUUUUGUGACAUCACAUAACAUUAAUGUUUUGUUACAUAGUUCACAGUAUAUAAGUUUUAUUACAUGAUUUGUAUUAACUUACUAUGAAUGUAUCAUUUCAAAACUUUUAUUUUUGUGACAUUAUGCACUGUUAACCAUUUGUUAAAAGUAUUCUUGCUCAAUAUUGUUUGAGAAAACUUACUGUACAUUACUUACCUGUUCCAACAAUUAACAUACAGUACAUGUGUUCUUGGUUUAAGAGACCAAAUUUCUAAUAUUAUAAGUCUGACCUUUAUAUAAAUGUUUGAUUGUAUUACUUUUGAUAAAUUUUAUAUCUUUCUGAAACAAAAAAGGUAGAAAGUCAAUAAAGAAAAUGCUUAUAUAUUGGAUUUAGGGCAGUUGAUAUUGUUAUCAACUGUUUAAAGUCUAAUAACAUACAUACAUUCAUCAGCUUGUUUAUGUUUUAUUUGAUUGGACUAUGCUAUGUUAAUUAGUUAUUUAAAAAAGUAUUUGGCACCCACUGAUAAGUUAUUAUCCCCCGCCGAAAAUUUUCGGGGGAGGAUAUAGAAAUAGUCUCCGUCCGUCAGUCCGUCCGUCUGACCUUCCCUCCGUCCGUCCGUCCUUCCGUCCGACAUUUUUGUCCGGAGCAUAUCUCUAAAAGUAUUUGAGUUAUCAACUUGAAACUUCAUAGGUGGAUAGACCUCAUUGAGGAGGAGUGCAGUGCACAAGAAUGAUAACUCUACAUUGCAUGAUUUUUGAGUUAUUGCCCUUUGUUAUUUUUCAAAAUUGAUUUUUGUCCAGAGCAUAACUCCAAAAGCCUAUGAGAUAUUAACAUGAAACUUCAUAGGUGCAUAGAUCUCACUCAGGAGGUGUGCAGUGCACAUGAAUGAUAACUCUACCUUUCAUAAUUUUUGAGUUAUUGCCCUUUGUUAUUUUUUCAUACCUAAUUUUUCACCUGAGUGGAGCAUAACUCAAAAAGUGUUUGAGAUAUCAACAUGAAAUGUCAUAGGUGGAUAGAUCUUAUUGAGGAGGAAUGUUAUAUGUGGAUAGACCUCAUUGAGGAGGAGUGCAGUGCACAAGAAUGAUAACUCUACAUUGCAUGAUUUUUGAGUUAUUGCCCUUUGUUAUUUUUCAAAAUUGAUUUUUGUCCAGAGCAUAACUCCAAAAGCCUAUGAGAUAUUAACAUGAAACUUCAUAGGUGCAUAGAUCUCACUCAGGAGGUGUGCAGUGCACAUGAAUGAUAACUC